AUGGAGUUCCAGAAGGGCCCUCUCCGUCGUAUCGUCUUCAUCGCCAUUGAGAUGUGGCUUGCAGCCGCCCUUGCUCUGCUCAUCUUAUUCGUGCUUGCAAACAUCGGCAGAUCGUCGGACAUGCUGGCGAAGAGCAACUACACUACGAUUGGAGUGGCUCCUCCGGAAGAUAUUACAUCUCAAGAUUCUGGUGAGAAUGGUGAGAUUGACGAACUGCACCCUCAGUUCGGAUUCGCAGAUUUGGCUGAGCUGCUUCCCAAGGUCGCCACCGACGACAGGACGGUGAUCAUCACGUCGGUGAACGAAGCGUUCGCGCGGCCCAACUCGCUGCUCGACCUCUUCCGAGAGAGCUUUCGAUCCGGCGAGGGGAUCAGUCACCUCCUCAACCACGUCCUCGUCGUCGCCGUCGACGCCAAGGCGUUCGUCCACUGCAGGGCUGUGCACCCUCACUGCUACCUCCUCGAGGUGACGUCCAUGAACCUGAGCUCCGCGAACAACUUCAUGAGCGAGGCCUACGUGGAGCUGGUCUGGACCAAGCUCUCGCUGCAGCAGCGCGUCCUCGAGCUCGGCUACAACUUCCUCUUCACGGACGUGGACAUCGUGUGGCUCCGCAACCCGUUCCGGCACAUCAGCGUGUUCGCGGACAUGACGACGUCGAGCGACGUCUUCUUCGGCGACAUCGACAACCUCGACACCUUUCCCAACACCGGGUUCUACUACGUCAAGGCGACGAACCGGACCGUCGAGAUGCUGCGGCGGUGGCGCGCGGCGCGGGCGCGAUUCGAGCCGAACCACGAGCAGCACAUCUUCAACCAGAUCAAGCACGAGCUCGCCGCGGAGCUGGGCGCGCGCAUCCAGUUCCUCGACACGGCGCGCUUCGGCGGCUUCUGCCAGUUCUUCCGCAACGACAUAGCCGUGGCCUGCACGAUGCACGCCAACUGCUGCGUCGGGCUCGGGAACAAGCUGCACGACCUGAGGGACGUGCUGGGCCAGUGGCGGAACUACACGGGCCUGACGCCGCAGGAGAAGAGCAGCCGGGGGUUUACGUGGAGGGUUCCUGCCAAGUGCGGGACGCCAGACAAAAAGAACCCGUGA